AAACAAAUAGAGCUUAUCUCAUCACUCACCUAGCAACUCUCAUCAAUAUAAAGAGAGAGGAGGAGAGAUCCUCUAUAUAGCUAGUAUUUAUAUAACUAGAAAUAUACUCUCCAUAUAUUGAUUAGUGAAAGAGUAAUUAACAAAUAAAGAUGAAAGGUGGAGGAAGCAAAUGUGGGAGCAUGGAGAAAUUGAAGCCAAUAUUGGCAAUAAUAUCAUUGCAAUUUGGGUAUGCAGGCAUGUACAUCAUCACCAUGGUCUCUUUCAAGCAUGGCAUGGACCAUUGGGUACUUGCCACAUACCGUCAUAUCGUUGCCACGCUUGUCAUGGCUCCCUUUGCUCUAGUUUUCGAGAGGAAAAUUAGGCCUAAGAUGACAUUACCGAUGUUCUAUAGGCUUCUUGCUCUUGGAAUACUAGAGCCUCUUAUGGACCAGAACUUCUACUACAUAGGAUUGAAAUCCACGUCAGCAUCGUACACUUCUGCCUUUACCAAUGCACUUCCCGCCGUCACCUUCAUUCUCGCCCUCAUUUUCAGGCUUGAGUCAGUGAACUUUAAAAAGAUACACAGUAUUGCAAAAGUGGUAGGAACGGUAAUAACGUUAGGAGGAGCAAUGGUGAUGACUUUAUACAAAGGUCCAGCCAUCGAGAUCGUAAAAGCCGCUCAUUCUUCCUUCCAUGGUGGCUCCAACACGGCCACUGGUCAACACUGGGUCACCGGAACCUUAGCCAUCAUGGGCAGUAUCUCCACGUGGGCUGCUUUCUUCAUUUUACAAUCGUUCACGUUGAAAAUUUACCCAGCUGAGCUAUCCCUCGUGACGUUGAUAUGUGGGAUUGGAUCGAUCCUAAAUUUUGGCGUUUCGAUGAUAUUUGUUCGAGAUUUGAGUGCCUGGAAAAUUGGCAUGGAUUCUGGGACACUUGCUGCAGUUUAUUCCGGAGUGGUUUGUUCGGGCAUAGCGUAUUACAUACAAAGCAUCGUGAUUAAGCAACGUGGCCCUGUGUUUACGACGUCGUUUAGUCCAAUGUGUAUGGUCAUUACUUCAUUCCUCGGUGCCCUUGUUUUGGCUGAGAAAAUCCAUCUUGGAAGUAUAAUCGGGGCGAUUUUCAUCGUCAUUGGACUAUAUAGCGUUGUAUGGGGGAAAAGUAAAGACUUAGUGAAUCCUCUUGAUGAGAAAAUUGUCGUAGCUCAAGAACUUCCGAUCACUAACGUAGUCAAACAAACAAAUGGUACUGAUGUCUCUGGACUACCAAUGAACGGUCGUGAUGCCUCGGGAGCACCGAAUAACAGUGUUGUUACCAGUACCUGAAUCCAACCCCUAAGAGAAAAAGAAAGAUACAAAGACCAAAAAUGUCAUCUCCCUUGGGGUUGAAAUUUUGAUAUCUUUCUUGUUGUUUUUUGUGUUUUUUUUUUUUACAUUUUCAACAUCGCUCCACUCUUAACUUUAGUAUCUUUACAUAACUAUGUUUUCUGCUUUUCUAUUUUCAUGUAUUUUGAAAUUCC